GCAGGCAGUCCAGAGACGACGUCAACUCCCCACCACCGUAUAAAAGCGAGGAGGUGGCCGCUGCUCAGCAGACUUCUCUACCGCUUCACUCGAGCGCUUCACCCGCUCCUCAAGGAGACCGAGCCGCGGAAUAUCCACCGAGAUAUAUUUCAUUUUUGAAACACGCACAUUUUAUUUUGUUCUAUCCAACAUGCUGACGCUCGCUAUCGCCUUCUUCGGAAGCCUCCACCUGGUGUUCGCCGCCGCCUCGUGUCCCGGCGUGUGCCAGUGCCCCGCGGAGAUGCCGCGCUGCGCGCCCGGCGUCAGCCUCGUGCUGGACGGCUGCGGCUGCUGCAAAGUCUGCGCCCGCCAGCUGAACGAGGACUGCGCUCUGACGGAGCCGUGCGACCACACCAAAGGGCUGGAGUGUAACUUCGGAGCCAGUUUUGCUCCCGCGACAACUCGUGGCAUCUGUCGAGCCAAGUCAGAAGGCCGACCAUGCGAGUACAACAGCAGGAUCUACCAGAACGGCGAGAGCUUCCAGCCCAACUGUAAGCACCAGUGCACAUGCAUCGACGGGGCGGUGGGCUGCGUGCCUCUGUGCCCGCAGGAGCUCUCGCUGCCCAAUCUGGGCUGUGCAAACCCCCGACUGGUCAAGGUGGCGGGCCAGUGCUGCGAGGAGUGGGUGUGCGACGAUGGGAAGGAGAGAGACAUCCUGGAGAAGAUCUUCGGCAAGGACAUGCUGACGGAUGAGCUGGAGCGAGACCUGACCAACAGGAACGAGCUCAUCGCCAUCGUCAAGAGUGGACUCAAGUCUUUACCCGCCUACCGGCCUCAAGCUGAGAUCCACGUGAUGGACAGCCAGAAGUGCAUCGUGCAAACGACCCCCUGGUCGCAGUGCUCCAAGAGCUGCGGCACCGGCAUCUCCACCAGAGUCACCAACAACAACAGCGAGUGCAAGCUGGUCAAGGAAACCAGGAUCUGCGAAGUCAGACCCUGCACCCAGUCGCCCUACUCCAGUCUGAAGAAAGGAAAGAAGUGCAGCCGCACCAAGAAGUCCGUCCAGCCGGUCAAGUUCACCUACGCCGGCUGCUCCAGCCUGAAGAAGUACCGACCCAAGUACUGCGGCGCCUGCGUGGACGGCCGCUGCUGCACCCCCCACGACACCAGAACCAUCCGCGUCAAGUUCCGCUGCGAGGACGGCGAGACCUUCAACAAGAACAUCAUGAUGAUCGAGUCCUGCAAGUGCACCUACAACUGCCCCCACGCCAAUGAAGCCUCCUACCCCUUCUACCGCCUCUCCAACGACAUCCACAAGUUCAGAGACUGAACCCCGGAACGCUCCGGUGUACAUAGACCACCGUCAACUACCGGCUUCUUGUUGUAACUAGAUUCCCAAGGAAUCGUGGGCUUGCACCAGGAGGACGUGAAUGAAGUGCACUGUCUGCUGCGACCAGCAUUCUUAAGCUUCGUAUGAGCGGAGCAUCCAGCGUAGCUUCGUUACGGAGCAAGAUGUAAUUACUACUUGUACAUUCAUGUUAGUCGUCGAUGUCGCCUCUCUGUGUAUAUGUUGAUCUGUCAGUAUCAGACUGUUGACUUGUGUGUGUAUAUGUACAUAUGCGCGCACGCAACUCCCACCAGCAAACCCACCCAGCCUCUCGACUUGUCUGACAAGUGUUUGGUUCUUCCCGACGUGGGCCUCGGCGCCCGCGUAUUUGUGGCAGCUAUUGAACUCCAUACACAGAAAAACAAAACAAAACAAAACAAACAAAUCACAUGUCAACGGAUGAAUGAAUGUUGUUUUUUCCUUUUUGUUUUCUAUUAAUUUUUAUUAUUAUUUAUCUAAAAAAAAUAAUGUAGCUACUUUAUUUGGAUAUCAUGUGUCAUACUGGAAUAAAUUGUAAAAAUGAUUUAAUUUUAUAUGCUUCAAAUAAAAGUGAUUUAUUUAUGGAA